AUGAGAAGGGCAAAUCCAGUAGAGGAUUUAGUCCACCGAACAGACUCCCCUUUCACGGCUUCCAUCAAUGGUCACCCCUUGCCUCCGAAAUUCAAGAUGCCUUCAUUAGAUUCGUACGAUGGAACACGUGACCCGUUUGAUCACAUUGCUAUUUUCAAGACGACAAUGCACCUUCAAGGGGUCCCAGAUGAAAUUAUGUAUAGAGCUUUCCCUACUACUCUUAAAAGGACCGGCGUGAGUGUGGUUCAGCAAAAUACCCCCAAAUACAAACAAGGAGAGAAUGAAAGUCUGUGGUCCUUCAUCACUCGUUUCAACAGGGAAGCACUGACUGUGGACGAGGUUCCGGAUCUUGAUGAUCUUGAAGGCCUGGAAGAUAAAAACAAGGAAUCAAAAGAGAUUGGGACAUCCAGCCUACUGAUUCUUAGAACAUCAUCAUUUGCUCAAAAACAGGCUGAAAGACUGGAGAGUUUAGCAAACUGGAGAGAUCUCCUCAAUCUCAAGGGAAGUGUAAGCGUGAAACCACCAUUCAGAUUGCAGACUACUUCUUUGCUAGAUGACCCUGAAGUGUUUUGUAGAGAUAAAGAUAAAGACGAGCUCAUGAAAUUUUUGCUUGGUGAUAUUGCACAAGGAACUGGGGUUGGCAAGACAACGCUUGCUCAGCUUUUGUAUAAUGACCCCGGGGUGAUGGAACGUUUUGGUGAAUUCAGAGCAUGGGCUCAUGUUUCAGAAGACUCUGAUGUUUUUAAAAUAACAAGAACAAUUUUCGAGUCGUUCAGUUUGACGGACUGCAAUGUCACAGAUCUCAAUGUUCUUCAAGUCAGACUAAAGAUGAGAUUGAGCGGGAGGAGAUUUCUGUUUGUCUUAGAUGACAUUUGGAAUGAGAAUUUAAUUGAUUGGCAGUUAUUGUUAACUCCCUUAAAAGUUGGAGCUUGCGGGAGUAGAAUUAUUGUCACGACUCGCAAUAUAAGUAGUGUUGCAUCAAUCAAGCAGGCGGUUUUUACUCAUCAUCUAUUGCAUUUGUUAGAUGAAGAAUGUUGGUCAUUAUUUGCAAAACACGCAUUCAGGACUAGCAACCCUGAUGAACAUCCAACUUUAAAAAGGAUUGGUGGUAAAAUUGUGAAAAAGUGCAGAGGGCUACCUUUAGCUGCAAAAACACUUGGGGGUCUUUUGCAAUCAGAAGUAGAAGCCGACGAAUGGUGUAAUAUACUGAAUAGCGAGAUAUGGGAUAUCCCAAUUGAUAAGAGUAGCAUACUUCCUGCUUUAAGAUUAAGCUAUUAUCAUCUUCCUCCACAUCUCAAACGAUGUUUUGCUUAUUGUUCUAUAUUUCCCAAGUGUUAUUAA